GAACGGUAACGCUCUGGAAACGCUCGGGUUCUGGUCGCCGUCCUGAUCAACAGCAGGAACAUCAGGAGCUGAAGAGAAACGAAAGUGAAGCUGUUGUGACGGGAGACGCCGUCGUGUCGGUGUCCAGGGUUUGAAUCAGACUUUUAAAAUCACCACCGCGUUGGAUUGCGUUUUUUGGUUAGCGUCAGGUUCACUGUGCGUCUUCGGACCACGGUGAGAAUAAAAACAAGCUGCGUUCAAGUUCACUCCGAGGCUGCUUUACAGACGGACCGUUUUCUCACCGCUACGUUGUCAUAUUUACAGGCUUCAGACUCUUUAAACAUGGCUUCAGGUGGGAAACGUUACGAGUGGCAGAUGCAGGUUGGAGGUGAGUGGCUGCCAAUUGAUAACGACCAUGUGAUAGAGAGCCACUACUGCCGCCCUGGAGCUAAAGGAAUCAGCCUCAACACUCAGCACGGGAAGGUAUUCAUAGACUUUGACGACCUCCAGACGACAGACCCGGCUCUAAAGGUCCAGAGGGUCACGUUCCUGCCUCAGGGUCAGGCUGAAGACGUCGGCUGGUACUUCAGAGAUGACAUCCUGUGGCGCGAGUAUGGGUCACAGGGCUCGUCCAUGGCGUCCUCCUCCGUCAACAGCAGGGACGUGGAGCAGCAGUACAUUCUGAACUCACAGGGAACCUUCAGAUUCAGGGUGGGCUCCACCGGCUACAGGCUCGACUUCUCCAACAUGGCACAGUUAAACUGCAACACAGGCCUGCGCAGGAACGUACGCAGGCGUCCAAAAUUCACCCCCGCCCCAGUGAGCCACAACCCCGCAUCAGCUCCCCCCGUGACUCCCCCCUCCCAGCUCCCAGGUGGAGGCUACAAGUGGGAGUUCAUGGGCGAAGAAGGAGUGUGGACUGAAUACCAAGCUCAUAUAUGUUCGUUUAACAGUGCUGCUAUCGAGGCCCAGUACCAGCUCAACCCUCAGGGACAGCUCCUCUUCAGUAUCAGGAGGUUCUCGUACACACUGGACUUCUCAAGAAUGUGUCAGAUCAAUAACAAAAUUGGGACAACAAGAGCAGUCAGGAGGACUUUGAACGAUGGGAGUCAACAAACCAGCGGUUUGGGAACACAGCCACGGUGGCAAUUCAAAGACAUUAAUGGAAUAUGGACCGAUUAUUCCAAAAGUACACGCCACUGCAGCGUUUCCAGUCCUGAAAUCGAGCUCCAGUACCAGCAGGACCCUUCAGGCAUUAUGAACUUCAAUACCAUGACCUUCUCCUAUGAGCUGGACUUUUCAGCCAUGACUCAGAGAAACCUGUCCACAAACACCACCAGAUCAGUACGACGACUUGACCAGUGACUGUGGGAUGAGAUCAGGUCUGGAGGUUGCGCUUAACUUAAUGUAUAUUUGGCCCAUGGGGUCACUGCUGAAGAACUAACUUACUGUACACAUAAAGUCAUUACAAGUAAUAGCAGGGAGACAGUCGCCUUCCCAUAAACACCUCCUGGGUUUGCGGAGCAAGUUAACCUUAGAUAUUUGCAGAAAUUAAGGUAAAACAAAAAAAACCUGCCUGUACUGCCUUUUAAGCCAUUUUGCAAGAUGCAACUCACAACAUAGUACAAAACCAAAGAAAAUCAACUUUGUUUCAUGUUUUUCUAUGACUGAAUAAAAAUGAUCUCUACUGCCCUGUAA